CUUCCUUCGCCCUCGCAACAACGCUGGCCGUUUUCUCGCAGCGCUUCAAUUGAUCAACGGCCCUGGUCUGCCCCGUUUGCUCGUUCGAGCUGCAUCAUCCUUCAGAAUACGUCAAACCGCUCAGAUCCACUGCAUCAAGUGUCGGUUGUCGUUGUGCAGUUUUCGCUUGAUGGAUUGACCGUCCCUGUCUGCCAACAUGGACUCGUACUCCUCGUAUCGCGAUUCGGCGCGCUCGCCUCGCCCGCGCGAUGACUCCCGCGACAGAACUCGCGACGACAGAGGGGAUUCUUACUAUCGUGGGCGAUCGCCAGGCCACGACCGCCGCGAGCGACGUCGUUCCAGAUCACCCGUCCCGAACAUUGACAGAUACGAACCGCGCCCGAGGCGCGACGACCGUGAUCGCGAUGACCGCCGUCGUAGCCCGCCAGCGAUCGACCGUUACGUUCCCGGGCAAGACAGCGGAGCACCCGCUGUGCUGCACAACCCGGUUGUCGAUCCCUCAAAGCUCCCGUAUCAGGUCGGAUUCUCUUACUUCAGCGAAUGGUGGAGAAUGAAUGAGAAAAUCAAGGAAGAUAAAGAACGAGCGCGGACUGGACGCCGUCGCGAGGCAGAACGGCCUCGCGGACCCAAGGAAGCCCAAGAGGAACGGGAAAGGGAGAAGGCCAAGAUCCAGGCAGCGUACGAUGCGUACAAGGAAGAAUUGCAGGCCAAGAUGGCUCGCACCUUUGUAUCCGAGCACAAGGGUGAGCAGUGGUUCAAGGAGCGCUACGUCGCGGAAGUGAGGGAUCCUUUCCGCGCGAGGCUCAACGAGAUGCGCAAAGGCUCGUAUGCGCAAUGGGAACAUGCUCUUGACGCUGGUGUGCUCGAUGACCUCACCCUUGAGGGUCUGACGAAGAACGAGAAUGGCGUAGCCGCGACAGACAAAGAAGAGGGUGAAACUCACGAUGUCCUUGGAGUAGGCGACCUGGUCCCUACCACCAGCGCGGAUGUGAGGGACGAGGCACAGCUACAACCUGCAUUGCUCAUCAAGACCAUUGCUCCUCAUGUGAGCCGGGCAAACCUGGAGUCUUUCUGCAAGGAACAUCUUGGCGAAGAGGAAGGAGGUUUCAAAUGGCUGUCAUUGUCCGACCCCAACCCAAGCAAACGGUACCACCGCAUCGGCUGGGUGAUGCUGCACCCUGGCUCAGAUGCGGAGAUGUCAACCGAUCGCGUCGACCCGAAGGACGAAGACAGAGAUGGCGAUGAGCCGAUAAGAUCGCCCCAGCCAUCGCCCCAGCCUGUCAGCACAGCCGAGAAGGGUCUGCAGGCCAUCAAUGGCAAGACGGUCAAGGACGAGCAGCGAGGUGACUUUGUGUGUCACGUUGGGAUCCACAACCCGCCGAGCAACCCGAGAAAGAAGGCUUUGUGGGACUUGUUCUCGGCGCCAGAACGGAUCGACCGCGACCUCGAGUUGAUCCGCCGGCUUGUGAACCACUUUGAGGAUUCCUUUGGGACGGAUUUCCAGGCCAUCGUCAAGGUCGAGGAGCGUGUCGAGAACAUGAGGAAUGAGGGCCGCCUGCAGCCGCCCGCACUUCCGACGACCAAGAAGGCGGCCAAGCAUGAACCCGAGAAUGAUGAAAUGCUCGACGCCGAGGCAGGCGCCGUUGACGAAGAGGAGGAGGAAGAGGGCGCCAUUGAGGACGAAGACGCCGUGGACGACGAGGAGCUUCUUGCCAAGAAGAAGCAGUUGGACAUGCUGAUCGAGUACCUUCGACGCGUCUUCAACUUCUGCUUCUUCUGCGUGUUCGAGAGCGAUUCAGUCCAUGAGCUGACCCGCAAGUGCCCAGCUGGCCAUCUCCGUCGACCGCGCUCGACACUGUCCCCUACUGCUCGUGAGGUAGCCCGCGCCAGCGCUCUCGGAGAACCGUUCCCCGAGAAGAAGCGCGUCGACAAGGUCGAAGAGGGCGAGAUUGACAGUCCAGAGGGAGAGCGAAAGCCCCGAGGCGCGACGAGUAAAGCUGAGCAGCAGCUGCUUCGAGCUUACAAUUGGGUCAAGACUUUUGAAGACAAGGUGAUGCAGAUCAUUGACCCCGCGUCAGCCGACCUCCGGAAGCUUGGUGGUCGGCCAACGGAAGAAGCCGUGGAGGAAGAGAUGCUCAAGCACGUCAAGCAGGAGGAUGAGCACAAGUUCAGGUGCAAAGUGCCUGAGUGCACCAAGUUGUUCAAGGAAGAGCACUUUUGGAAGAAGCACGUCGAGAAGCGACACUCUGUUUGGCUUGAUGGCCUGAGAGAAGAGUUUGACCAGGUUAACGCCUACGUGCUGGACCCUGCGCACAUUGCCCCGUCGCGAACAGACGCCAACAGUAACGGCCACUUCCCGCAGCCGAAUGGACAAGGCAUGGCCGGCACACCGAGGGGUUUCAAUCUCUCCAACUUCUCCAUGAACGGUAUGAUGCCGAACCUUCCCCUACCUGGGGCCAACUUUGGUCAAUUCCUCGCGGGGAUGCAGCCUGGUGGCUUCAAUGGCAUGGGCGACGACCGAUCAGGGGGCCCUAUGCGUCGCGGGGGCAUGCAGAGCAACCGCGGCCAAUUCAGAUCUGGACCUUACGAUCGUCGUGGAGGGCGGUUUGACCCUGGACGUCGCCCCGGUGGCUCGCGCUGGGGGGACGGCGCUGGCGCUGCUGCCGGUGGCCCCCAGGAGGCUGUCCAAGGGCGCAGCCUGAAGAGCUACGAGGACUUGGACCACGUGGCAGGAGGUGGCAGCGGCGAGCUCAACUACUAGCUUGUGAGGCUGUAUGUGUUGUAAAGGUGCUGCUGUCCCAUUUAGAAAAAAAAGAUAUCAAGGAACGGAGACGCGGUGGCUUGCUUAAUCUGCUUAAGGCGUUCAGGUGGGUUAAUGGGGUGGCUGUACAGAAUGGGAACGAAUGACAGAUUGGAACUCUAGUUAAGAAAUUUGGUCACAUAGCUACAAUUAUCAAUCGCAGCUUAAGAACA